AUGCAUCGCGAAGAUGUAUUCUCUUCGUCCACACAGGGCCCGAACAUGAAGAAGACAUUGCUGUUAGUGUUUAUCCACGGCUUCAAGGGAGACGAUGAUACGUUUGCCAAUUUCCCAGAUAGUCUGCGGUCUCUAGUUGCCCGCGCGCUUCCCACGGUUCAGGUCGCCACCGCGGUAUAUCCCAAGUAUGAGACUCGCGGGGUUCUCAAGGAAUGCGUGGGAAGGUUUCGGGAAUGGCUUCAAAAUCAGGUCAUCGACUUAGAAGUUGCAAACCGAACCGCCUCGCCUACCGUUGAUCCCUCCGUGCAUGUCUUUCUAGUCGGUCACUCCAUGGGUGGCAUUGUUGCCGCGGAGACUCUUCUGUUACUCGCAUCCGAGCAGCCUAUCCCGCCGAAAUUUAGCCCGAAUAUAUCGUCGAGUCAAGCUACCGCGGACUCUCUGAACGAUUCAACUGCUGCCGAAGGUUCGCGUUUGGUGGAACCAGGCUCGUUCAUGUUUCCUCAUAUACAAGGAGUGCUCGCGUUCGAUACUCCGUUCCUGGGGAUUGCUCCAGGUGUCGUGUCAUACGGUGCUGAAGGACACUAUCAGACUGUAGCAACGGCGUAUAACACAAUUUCAGAAGUCGCUGGCAUCUUUGGCUUCGGAGGAGCUGCCAAUACUUCCAGCAAGGCCUCAGAUGCCAAUCGACAAACACAGCCCAAGCCCCUACCUUCGCCGUCUGCUAGCGGCACUGCUUCAGCUGCGGAUGCCGCGGCCACGCCAUCCUGGCAGCGAUGGGGUCGAUAUGCCAUGUUCGCGGGCGCGGCAGGUGCAAUGGCAGCAGGAGGAGCCGCUGCAAUGUACUCGCAACGGCAACGUUUGACUGAUGGCUGGGGCUGGGUCUCAUCUCACCUUGCUUUUGUUGGGUGUUUAGCACGUCCGUCGGACCUUCGACAGCGUUUGACACUCUUGUCGAAGGUUCACGAGGAACGAGGUAUCAACUGCACAAAUUUCUAUACGUGCCUCGGCAAAGGCGCGCCAUCAUUAGUCGAAAGUACAAACCAAGGCAAGACCUCCUUCACCCAACGGAUCAUUCGUUCAAAGCAUCGCACCUUCUGCUCCCUCCCACCCGAGGUCGAGGGAACUCAAGAGUCGUCGCCUUCCUCCGGUAACGGGAUUACGUGGGUCAGAGCGGUCAAUGAUACAGCAGCGGACGAAGUUAGAGCCCAUAUUAGCAUGUUCCUGCCGAAGCAAAAUCCCGCAUUCUAUGAGCUUGUUGCCGAUGCAUGCAGACUUGUGGUGAAUUCGAUCGAUAAGGGCUGGUACUCAUCAGCCACAGAACCCAUUAUUGACGAAGUUGACGAUACCUUAUUCGGGUCUAGUAAGAGCAAUACUUCGCAAAAUACCGAUAGCGUACUCAUGGAUGGAGACGAUGUCGUGGUCGUUGACUGA